AAAACUUCGAAGAAAAUGGUGAAGCUCGCGGGAGCGUGGAAAAAUGUGGUCUUCACAUUCCGAAAGCCUUCUCUGCCAAACCAUGGCGUUGUAGCUUCCUCGUGUUUCUGCACGCUCGCUGCUAAGCGGGUGGGAACUCACAGUGGAACCUUUCACUGCGACGAAGCACUCGCUUGCUUCAUGCUUCGCCUUACCCAAUACUUCUCCAAUGCCCAUAUUCUAAGAACUAGAAACCCAAACGUUUUGGAAACACUUGAUGCAGUAGUCGAUGUUGGAGGCGUGUAUGACCCUAAAUGACACCGUUACGAUCACCAUCAAAGAGGCUUCGAUGAAGUGUUGGGUCAUGGCUUUGCCACUAAGCUAAGCAGCGCUGGCCUUGUCUACAAGCAUUAUGGGUUGGAGAUAAUUGCAAAGGUGCUUCAGCUUGAUGAAGGACACCCUCAUGUACAUCAGUUAUAUAAAGCUGUAUACAGAAACUUUGUAGAGGCAGUUGAUGCUGUGGAUAAUGGAGUGAAUCAAUAUGACAUCGAAGAACCUCCAAAAUAUGUAAUUAAUACUAGCUUGUCCUCCAGAAUAAAACGAUUGAAUUUAGAUUGGAUGGAUUCUGAUCAGUCACCUGAGAGAGAAAAUGAGGCCUUUCAUCGUGCAAUGUCCCUGGCCGGUGAUGAAUUUUUGGAUAAUGUGAACUAUUAUGCAAAAUCAUGGUUACCGGCACGGUCGAUUGUUAUGGAGUGUCUUGCAGCAAGAGAAACUAUUGAUUCUAGUGGAGAAAUCAUAAAGCUGACUAGAUCUUGUCCUUGGAAAUUUCACAUACAUGAGCUUGAGAAGGAAAUGGAAAUUAGUCCUUCCAUCAAAUAUGUUCUUUAUCCGGAUGAUAGAAGCGAGAAGUGGAGACUGCAGGCAGUGGUAAUUUCACCUGCUAGAUUCGAGAGCAGAAAACCAUUACCAUCCCCUUGGAGGGGUUUGGAGAAUGACAAGCUCUCUGAGGUUGCUGGCAUCCCAGGUUGUACAUUUGUUCACAUGAGUGGUUUUAUCGGAGGAAAUCAAACUUAUGAAGGUGCUCUAGCUAUGGCAAGAGCAUCCUUAAAGGCUUAG